AUGGCUGCGUCCACCAUGUCCAUCUGCUCCAGCGCCUGCACCGACUCCUGGCAGGUGGACGACUGCCCAGAGAGCUGCUGUGAGCCCUCCUGCUGUGCCCCCAGCUGCUGCGCCCCGGCCCCUUGCCUGACCCUGGUCUGCACCCCAGUGAGCUGUGUGUCCAGCCCCUGCUGCCAGGCGGCCUGUGAGCCCAGCCCCUGCCAAUCAGGCUGCACCAGCUCCUGCACGCCCUCGUGCUGCCAGCAGUCUAGCUGCCAGCCAGCUUGCUGCACCUCCUCCCCCUGCCAGCAGGGCUGCUGCGUGCCCGCCUGCUGUGUGCCUGUCUGCUGCAAGCCCGUCUGCUGCAAGCCUGUGUGCUGUGCGCCCACCUGCUCUGAGGAUUCCUCUUCAUGCUGCCAACAGUCUAGCUGCCAGCCAGCUUGCUGCAUCUCCUCCCCCUGCCAGCAGUCCUGCCGUGUGCCCGUCUGCUGCAAGCCUGUCCGUUGUGUGCCUGUCUGCUCUGGGGCUUCCUCUCUGUGCUGCCAGCAGUCUAGCUGCCAGCCGGCUUGCCGCACCACCUCCUGCUGCAGACCCUCCUCCUCUGUGUCCCUCCUCUGCUGCCCUGUGUGCAGGCCCGCCUGCUGCGUGCCCGUCUCCUCCUGCCAGCCCAGCUAUUGCCGCCAGGCCUCCUGUGUGUCCCUUCUCUGCCGCCCUGUGUGCUCCCGCCCGGCCUGCUACAGCUUCUCCUCAGGCCAGAAGUCCAGCUGCUGA